CAUACUCUUUGUACAUACUCUUUGGUAUCUCUGUGGACUGUGGUGGACUGUUUUUUUAUGGUGUUUUAUUAUUAUUGUAAUUUAAAUUGUAAUUUAACAAAAUUCCUCCAGAUGUUAUCAAUAAAACGAUUGCCUGCACUAUCGCCGUCACGAGAUCAGUCCAAAUUAUAUUUGCAGUUGAAAAAUGGAUUAAUCGGGCGGCAAAUAAGUAAACACUCGAAUUUAUUAAGUUUGUGCAAAUCUGUGUCUGCAUUACAUAAUCUAACGCGUAAAUCGCGACAUCCUCGAGUACAGCAUUUCAAUGCAGAAUACAAAGCAGCAUGUGCCCUGCUGCAGCGAUCCAAUCUACCAGGGUUUUGUUUGUUUCAUAAUAACACUAAUAUCAGAAAUCUACACACAAGUUCUACUAGUUACAAUCAGAAUGAUAAGGAUAAGGAUAGCAAUAAGAAAAAAGAUAAUGAUGAGCCGAAUUUACCCUCCCUGUUAAUUAAAGCAGCUUUUUGGAUGUUGAUGACAUUCACCUUGAUAACACUAAGUUCAUAUCUUGUGCCAGGGGACAACACUCAAAGUGAGAUGAUCAGAUAUGUGUCAUGGAAUGAAUUUGUUUAUUCCAUGCUUUCUAAAGGUGAAGUGGAAGAAAUAAUUGUGAGACCAGACUUGGAAAUUGUAACUAUCAUCUUGUAUGAAGGGGCUGUUAUUAAAGGAAAGAGAACAAACCACCGCGUGUAUCAUAUGAAUGUGGGCAACAUCCAACGUUUUGAAGAGAAACUUCGGGAGACUGAGCUGAGUUUAGGAGUCAAAGAAGGGGUCCGCGUCAUAUAUGACAGAAACGGUAGUGUGGCGGGGAAAAUCUUCACAACGCUUCUCAUAGCUGCCAUCAUACUGUCCUUCCUGUACUCCACCAAGUCGAUGAAGAUUAACAUCAAUCUGAGUGGAUUUAGUCAAUUAAGAAGAGCAAAGUUCACUCUAGUGGACUCUAUGAGUGGACAAGGCAGAGGAGUUAAGUUUCAAGAUGUUGCCGGACUCAAAGAGGCAAAGAUUGAGGUUAUGGAGUUCGUAGACUAUCUCAAGAGACCCGAACAUUACAAAAGCUUGGGUGCAAAGGUUCCUAAAGGAGCAUUGCUAUUGGGCCCGCCGGGGUGCGGAAAGACUAUGCUAGCUAAAGCCGUAGCAACAGAGUCCAAUGUGCCAUUUCUUUCCAUGAAUGGAUCGGAGUUCAUCGAGAUGAUCGGAGGCCUUGGAGCUGCUAGAGUCAGGGACCUCUUCAAAGAAGCAGCAGCUCGCGCACCAUGCAUAAUCUACAUAGACGAGAUGGAUGCAGUAGGCAGGGCCAGGGCCUCAGGGACAUCCUCUUGGGGACCGGGGGGCGGGGAGGGAGAACAGACCCUCAACCAGCUGCUGGUGGAAAUGGAUGGUAUGAAGAGCCGCGAGGGCGUCGUGGUGUUGGCCUCCACUAACAGAGCUGAUGUUUUGGACAAGGCGUUGCUUCGCCCCGGUCGUUUCGACAGGCACAUUUUGAUCGAUCUACCCACUUUGCAAGAGCGGGAAGAAAUCUUUGAAAGGCAUCUCAAAAACAUCGUCCUGGAAACAUUGCCAUCGUACUAUGUGAAACGGCUCGCGUACCUAACGCCGGGGUUCAGCGGCGCGGACAUCGCGAACGUGUGCAAUGAGGCGGCCCUGCACGCCGCGCGCCACAAGCAGAACAUCGUCAAAGCGACCGACCUUGAGUACGCCGUCGAGAGGGUUGUUGGUGGCACGGAAAAACGCAGCCACGCAAUGUCACCAGGCGAGAAGAAGAUAGUAGCAUAUCAUGAAUCUGGGCACGCGCUGGUCGGAUGGCUUCUAGAGCACACAGACGCCCUCCUCAAGGUCACCAUAGUUCCUCGGACGAAUAAGGCGCUCGGAUUCGCUCAAUACACCACUUCUGAUCAGAAGCUGUAUUCGAAAGAGGAGCUAUUCGACCGCAUGUGUAUGGCUCUGGGAGGCCGAGCGGCGGAGGCUAUCACCUUCAACUCUAUAACCAGCGGCGCUCAGAACGAUCUGGAGAAGGUCACCAAGAUUGCUUAUGCACAGGUGCGAGUAUUCGGCAUGUCCCCAAAAGUAGGCUUGCUAUCGUUCCCGGGCAUCAAAGACCGCGAGAAAUCUCCGUUCAGCAAAGCGCUCAAGAACCUCAUAGAUAUGGAAGCAAGGAGGCUGAUCGCUGACGCUUAUUUCCGCACCGAGGACAUUCUGAGGAAGAAUCAGGACAAACUUAAAGCUCUCGCAGAAGAGUUGAUCAAGAAAGAAACGCUCAAUUUCAAAGACGUAGAAGGCAUUCUAGGCCCGCCACCGUUCCCUAGGAAGAAAUUCAUUGACCCGGUGGAAUUCGAGAGUAACUUGAGGAGUAUGGAAAACGCCGCGAACCCUGAAGACAGCGAUAGUGGCGCCAUCGGCGCGCCGUCCGCCAAACCAGAGACCCAACCGGGGCUCUGAGACUCGAUGCUUUUUAGUAUUAUCACAGUUGACGCUAAAUGUACUAGUCUAGCUAGAAUAUAAUUCAUCAGUUGA